AGUUUUGAAAUUUUUGUUGUGACUGAAGAAAAGGGACCGACAAGAGGAACUUUGGUCUGAAGUUUCUUCAUCAUCAUCAUUAUUAAUCCAAGAUCCAACAACAAGCUUUUACUCAAAUCUCCUUUUCUCUUAUUCCCUUUUCUAAAAGAAUGGUUUCUUUUCAACUUCUAUAGCUGAUUUACUGAAAUUCAUAUACAGAAAUGAUAUACCCAACAAGGGUUCUUCAGAACUUGUAUUGUAGUAGCUGAUUUUGUAUGAAAAUUUGAUGAUUAGUUGUUUAACUAUUGCUUGGCUUUGCUUUUUGAGCUGACACGAACAAAACAUAUGUCGAGAGAUUUUGUUCAAUCCACUUCAAGGCUGUGUUCUGAUGUGUCCAUACAUUCGUGAGCAUGUGCUUCUUGUCUCAAUUAUGCUCCACAUAUAUCUUCUUGUAGUUGUGACUUUAGCUUGAAUUUCCGUAGCUUUUCAAGAUAGCAAAGAUACAAAAUGAGGGUCAAGAACAAAUUCAAGGAAUCAUUCAUUUUACAUUGCAAUGCAGGGGGGAGAUUGUUUCCACUUGUUGUAGGGUGCCUUCUUUUCCUUCACCUCUUCUCCUUUGCUCAUCAAAGAAAUGCGCAAAGUGGGGAGACUCACUUAAGUACAAACCAGCGCACACAGUUUAGCAUACUUGAAAAGGUCGAGGAGAAGAAUAUACAGCUUCCACAGCCCAGGAAGCGAUCCGCACGUGCUGCCAAACGGAAGCCUAAACGGCCAACCACCUUCAUUGAUGAAUUCCUCGACGAGUCUUCCCAGCUAAGGCAUGUGUUUUUCCCUGAUCAGAGGACUGCUGUGGAUUCUAGGAAGGAUAAUGGGAAUGAUACCUACUAUUACCACCCAGGAAGAAUAUGGUUGGAUACAGAGGGAAACCCGAUACAGGCUCAUGGGGGAGGCAUUCUUUACGAUUCGAGGACAAAAAUGUAUUAUUGGUAUGGAGAGUAUAAAGAUGGCCCCACUUAUCAUGCUCACAAAAAAGGAGCAGCAAGGGUUGAUGUCAUUGGUGUCAGUUGCUAUUCAUCUAAAGAUUUGUGGACUUGGAAAAAUGAAGGCAUCGUUUUAGCAGCUGAAGAAAAAAACGAGACGCAUGAUUUAUACAAAUUGAAUGUGCUAGAGAGGCCAAAAGUAAUUCACAAUGAGAAGACAGGUAAAUAUGUGAUGUGGAUGCAUAUUGAUGAUGCAAACUAUACCAAAGCUUCGGUAGGUGUUGCUAUUAGUAAUUUUCCUACUGGCCCCUUCAAUUAUUUGUAUAGCAAACGGCCUCAUGGAUAUGAUAGCAGGGACAUGACACUGUUCAAAGACGAUGACGGUGUAGCAUAUCUGAUUUACUCAUCGGAACACAACAAGGACCUUCAUAUUGGUCCACUUAACAAAGAAUAUAUAGAUGUGACGGAGAGCAUGAGAAAGAUUCUUAUCGGACAACACAGGGAAGCACCUGCUCUAUUUAAGCACCAGGGAACAUAUUACAUGAUCACUUCUGGCUGCACUAGUUGGUCUCCAAAUGAGGCCCUUGCUCAUGCAUCCGAUUCAAUUAUGGGGCCGUGGGAGACCAUUGGAAACCCAUGUAUUGGCGGGAACAAGAUUUUUCGACUAACUACUUUCUUUGCUCAGGGUACAUUUGUGGUUCCUUUAUCUGGGGUACCUGGUCUCUUUAUCUUCAUGGCAGAUAGAUGGAAUCCGGCUGACUUGAAGGAUUCGAGGUAUGUGUGGCUACCAUUGACAGUGGGUAGACCUUUUGAUCAUCGUCCCGAGUACAGUUUCGGGCUCCCUUUGUGGUCUAGAGUGUCUAUAUAUUGGCAUAAAAAAUGGAGACUUCCUUAUAGGUAACAGUGAAAAAUGUAAAUAGGGGUUUUAAAACUCUGAAAACAUAUUCUUUUCUCUGUUGUUUUUGAGUAUUCAUUCACAGCAUGUGUUAAAGUUAUUACCAUUGAUUUAAAAGAGGAUCGGUGUAAAUUUGUAGAGUUUAUAUAUAUACUGCGUUUCUUGA